AUGGCGCUCUUCCACGUCGCGCGGUACGCGGGCCCCGAGGCGGCCGGGGCGGAGGCCGAGGCGGACGGCCGGGCGCGCGCGCUGCUGGAGCGGCUGCAGUGCCGUGCCCGAGAGCGGCAGCAGCAAAAGCAGCCGCAACAGCAGGAGGCCGCGCGGACGUCGGAGGCGGCGGGGCGGCGGCGGCGGCGGCCGCGCAGACCGCGGAGGCGCGAGGGCGGCGGGGCGCCGGGGAGCCCGCACAGGCCGCGGGGGAAGCGGCGGAAAGCGGACGGCGAGGACGAGAACGCAGGUGGGGCCGGGCGGGGGCGCGGCCGUGGGACCCGGGUCCGCGGGGGGCUGACGCGCCGCCCUGGCCCGCUUUGCCGCGCAGGGAGCAGCGAAGAGGCGCCCGGAGAGAGCGGCGCGGACGCCGAGGGCGCGGGGCCGCCGGAGGACCCAGGCGGACGGCCCCCCGGAGAGGCGUCGGGGACUCCAGCCCAGGCCCUGCUGCUCGGGGGCUUUAGGAGAAGCAGAGCGCCAAAGGUCCAGCCUUUCCUGCCAUCAUGGUUGGCUGAGCCAAGCUGUGUUGGAAAGAGUGUCACUGAAGAUUUGGUGCCUAUCGAGGACAUCCCUGAAGUCCACCCUGACAUGCAGAAGAAACUGCGGGCUCAUGGCAUAUCGUCCUACUUCCCAGUCCAGGCAGCAGUGAUUCCUGCCCUCCUGGAGAGCACAGCCGACGGGUUUCUGGUGGCCAGAGGUGGCUACCGGCCCAGUGACCUUUGUGUCUCUGCCCCAACGGGCAGUGGGAAGACUUUGGCCUUUGUCAUUCCGGUGGUACAGGCCCUGCUACGUCGAGCUGUUUGCCGGGUCCGUGCUUUGGUUGUGCUGCCCACCAAGGAGCUGGCCCAGCAGGUGAGCAAAGUGUUCAACAUCUACACAGAUGCCACUCCUCUGCGUGUCGCCCUGAUCACUGGGCAAAAGUCACUGAUCAAGGAGCAGGAGAGUCUCGUCCAGAAGACAGCAGACGGCUUCCGCUGCUUGGCUGACGUGGUGGUGGCCACUCCUGGCCGCCUGGUGGACCACAUCGACCAGACACCAGGAUUCAGCCUCCAGCACCUCCGCUUCCUGGUCAUCGAUGAGGCUGACCGCAUGAUAGACAGCAUGCACCAGUCCUGGCUGCCCCGGGUGGUGGAGGCGGCCUUCCCGAGUGAUGGUGCUAAGGACCCCUUUGCUCUGCUGCAGAGGAGGCAACCCCGGGCCACCACUGCCGCCAGUAUUUCUUGUCCUCAGAUGCCGCUGCAGAAGCUGCUCUUCUCGGCCACCUUGACGCAGAAUCCUGAGAAGCUGCAGCAGCUGGGCCUCUACCAGCCCCGGCUCUUCUCCACGGGGCUGAUGUACAGGGGCCCCAGAGACACUGAUGAGGACGGGGACUCCGGCGGGAAGUACACCUUCCCCGCAGGGCUCUCGCACCACUAUGUGCCCUGCAGCCUCCGCACUAAGCCACUGGCCAUCCUGCAUCUGAUCCUGGAGAAGAAUUUCUCCAGGGUCCUCUGCUUCACCAACUCCCGCGAGAACUCGCACAGGCUCUUCCUGCUCGUCCAGGCUUUUGGAGGUGUGACCGUGGCUGAAUUCUCCUCCCGCUGCGGGCCUGGCCAGAGGAAGGCGGUCUUGAAGCAGUUUGAGCAGGGCAAGAUUCAGCUCCUCAUCAGCACAGACGCCACCGCUAGAGGCAUUGACGUGCAGGGUGUGCAGCUGGUCGUCAACUAUGAUGCCCCUCAAUACCUGCGUACCUACGUGCAUCGGGUCGGAAGAACCGCCCGCGCUGGAAAAACUGGACAGGCCUUCACGCUGCUCCUCCAAGUGCAGGAGAGGAGGUUCCUCCGCAUGCUAGCUGAAGCUGGGGUGCCAGAGAUGGCACGGCACAACAUCCCCAGCGAGCUCCUGCAGCCGCUGGUCCCGCGGUACGAGGCAGCCUUGUCCCAGCUGGAGCGAGCUGUCAAGGAAGAGCGAAGGCAGAAGGCGCCCUGA